AAUCUCUAGUUAGUACAAUUAAUUAGCGAGAAGAAGGGAAGGGAAGGGAAAGGAAAGGCAGCUGAAGCUAAAAGUCAAGAACAGCGCAGCAACCGCCUAUGGCCAUGGCCAUGAGAGGAGAUCCCAAGCAGCGGAGAGCUUCAGCUUCAGCUCCCCACGGCGGCGCCGCCCACCACGUCGCCGACAAGCUCAGGAGGCACUCCACCUUCCUCCUCCUCCUCCUCCUCCUCUGGUUCGCCCUCUCCCUCUACCUCUUCCUCUCCGCCACCCCGCCGCCCCCACGCCCCGCCUUCCUCCCUUCCACUUCCACCCCCCGCCCCGCCCUCCGGAUCUACGUCUACGACCUCCCCGCCCGCUUCAACCGCCACUGGGUCGCCGCCGACGCGCGCUGCGCCACCCACCUCUUCGCCGCCGAGGUCGCGCUGCACGAGGCGCUGCUGGCCUACGCUGGCCGCGCCGCGCGUCCCGACGACGCCACCCUCUUCUUCGUCCCCGUCUACGUCUCCUGCAACUUCUCCACCGACAACGGCUUCCCCUCGCUCUCGCACGCCCGCGCCCUGCUCGCCGACGCGGUCGACCUCGUCCGGGCCCAGAUGCCCUACUGGAACCGCUCCGCCGGCGCGGACCACGUGUUCGUCGCGUCGCACGACUUCGGCGCCUGCUUCCAUCCCAUGGAGGACGUAGCUAUUGCGGAUGGCAUACCGGAAUUCCUCAAGAGGUCAAUCCUGCUACAAACGUUCGGCGUACAGGGCACUCAUGUGUGCCAGGAGGCGGAUCAUGUGGUAAUCCCGCCUCAUGUGCCUCCGGAGGUGGCCCUCGAGCUACCUGAGCCAGAGAAGGCACAAAGGGAUAUUUUUGCCUUCUUCCGGGGCAAGAUGGAGGUCCACCCCAAGAACAUUAGUGGGCGCUUCUACAGCAAGAAAGUGAGGACUGAGCUGCUACAAAAGUACGGAAGGAAUCGCAAGUUCUACCUUAAGCGAAAGCGGUAUGGUAACUAUCGAUCAGAGAUGGCUCGCUCCUUGUUCUGCCUCUGCCCACUAGGAUGGGCUCCAUGGAGCCCACGGCUCGUGGAGUCGGUUCUCCUUGGCUGCAUUCCUGUCAUAAUUGCCGAUGAUAUACGCCUGCCGUUCCCUUCUGUACUACAGUGGUUAGACAUCUCGUUGCAAGUGGCUGAGAAGGAUGUUGCAAGUCUUGAGAUGGUGCUAGACCAUGUUGUAGCGACCAACUUAACUGUAAUACAGAAGAACUUGUGGGACCCUGUGAAGCGGAAAGCACUGGUUUUUAACCGUCCGAUGGAAGAAGGAGAUGCCACAUGGCAAGUGCUGAGGGAGCUUGAGAUUUUGCUAGACCGUUCUCAAAGGAGGCAUGUUGAAUCAUGGAAGAGGUGAAGACCACAGAGGGGAGGGAUCUUUCCCUACUUGCUGAAAUGUGGCAUGUGAUCAGUCGCAGCUGUGACAACAAUGACGUGCAGCUUGCACAUGCCACUCAACUGACAAAACAAAUCAAUAUUUGAUCGACACCAUCCAUAGCAAGGACCUUCUCCAUGAGAAAUUCAGAAUGCCAGUUUCUCACAUUCAAUCAUAUUCUUGAAUGGUGAACUGUGUAGUUGGCAAUUGACUAAGUAAUUUGAAUGUGCAAUCAGAGAAGCGCAUUCUAGGCUAACAAGUUGGCGAGCUCUGUGCAGGGAAUUAGUUUAUUCUUUAUUAUUGGGAGAAAUGUGAAUCUCCUUUUUUUUUCUUGAGAGAGAGAGAGAUUAAAAUUGUGUUAUAGAACGAUGAUCUGUGAAGGUCUUCGGAUAUGUUUGCAAUGUUGUACUAUUGUAUACCCAAUUCUUUUAAAACAGAAAGGUGUUCUUUUGAACACAUGGUAUCAACAAAACAUA